CUGAAAUAGGGAGGUUUUAUGUACGAGCAAUCUUCGAGCAUUCCACACAAAAAAAUAAUAAUAAUAAAAAGAAGACGUUAGAGGUGUUUGUCACUAGACAAAUUAUACUCGAACGAUGAAAGGUCAAUAUAGCCUAUGAUGAACGGAUGGAAUGCACACAAAUGCAAUCAAAGUGCAAUCAAAGAGUGAUUUCUUGUUGACACGUCCGAAAUGAAAGGCCCACUUAUCCGUGGAAAAGCUAGAAUUCCCAGUCCAAACGACUGCUCUGUAUCUUACAUACGAAGCCGCCAUUACCACCACAAAUUCCAACCUCUCUCUGAACUCACUUCCAUGGCUUCCCUUACACCAACCAUUGCUUCCAUUUUCAGAUAACUUUCACUUCUCCCAUUGCUCCGUCUUCUUCUUCUUCUUCUUCUUCUUCUUCUUCUUCUUUUCUAACUUCCUCAAACAAUGCUACUCCCCGCCAUCACCUCCGCCCCUUUCUCCUGUUCUCUUCGUCUCACUAACCCCAUCUUCCCCCAUCAUCGUAACGUCGCCGUCUCCGCCUCCGCCCAAGCGUCGCCGGCGAAUUCUAGCUAUAGCGUCUCCGACAAGGACCUCGAAUCCCGCGGCUUCGUGCUUCACCGUACCGUCUCCGACCUCAACCUCGACCAUCUGAACUCGGUCUUCGCCGCCGUCGGAUUCCCCAAACGCGAUCCGGAUAAGAUCAGGAUCGCGUUGGAGAACACGGACGCCUUGCUCUGGAUCCAAUACGGUAAAACGCAACGGCCGGUGGCGUUCGCUAGGGCUACAGGCGACGGCGUGUUCAACGCGAUUAUAUGGGAUGUGGUGGUGGAUCCUUCCUUCCAAGGGCUUGGUUUAGGUAAGGCUGUGAUUGAGAGGAUUAUCGAGGACCUUCUUCGUAAAGGCAUUUUCAAUAUCGCAUUGUAUUCGGAGCCUCGCGUGCUAGGGUUCUACAGACCUCUAGGGUUCGUCGCGGAUCCGGAUGGGAUCCGUGGUAUGGUGUAUUCGAGAAAGAAAAAGAAAAACUAAUUACAGAAUUCCUCAAAUCCAAUUGCAUCCAUCCCUUCCCUUUCAUCAAUCAAAGUUUAAUUACCAAAGCAUUCGAUCUUUUCCCGGUGAAAUUCGAAGGAAGAAAAAGCAACAAACGAGCAAUCAAUUCAACUU